AUGACCUUCACAGAGCACCGCUGCAUUGUGGACGGCGACAAUACCUCUGUCCUCUCAGCAUGCCAUGCAGCUGUGCUUGGAAAAGUAUCGUCUGACCCAGAUGAACAAAAAGCCACCAUUCUGGCUGCCUGGGCUGUUCUUUUGCGAGAUUAUUACGCUCCAAGUACUCCCACCUUUGUUUGUGUCCAGCUCCGCGAGAAUACUCCCCUCAAUGCCAAGAUGGGGGUGUACGCUGAUAUGUUCCGUUGCCAACAUCUAUCAGUUCAAACUGAUGCCAAUGCCACAUGUGAACAAAUGAAGGAUUUGACAUCAAAGGCCGUUCGAGAUGGCGAUUGGGAGGAGUUGGCUGCACACAAAGCUAAAACAGCUGUUGUACUGUUGCCGGAACAGGUCGAUAAACCGGCUAAGCUUCUCGAACUACUAGAGGUGGAUCUGCUCUUAGUGAUGUCCGAGUUGAAUGAAUGUAUCAUAUACAUCGAUCGGUCUAAGAAACCCGAGUUCAAACCAUGUGCCAUGUUGAAGAGCUUCAAAGACACCCACAGUGCUAUCAUUGAAAACCCGACCCUCGAAAUCAAUGAGAUAGACACAGUGACUUUGUUCGACGUCGAAAGACUGCAUCGGAUUAACGGUGGCAAAAAAGGACCCAACAGAACUGCAAGUUGCCUUCAUGCCCUCAUCAACCAACAUUACUCUCAGCGGUCAGACUUCAUCGCCCUGGCAUCCACUUCAGAGCAAGUAAAAUAUGAAGAGCUAGGCAAACGGUCAGCAGCAGUAUCUCAUUUUCUGACGAGCAAGGGCGUCAAGGCCGGGGAUACAGUAGGGCUCUGUAUGGACAGAACAAUCUUCACAAUCAUCGUUAUGGUUGGUAUUCUGCGAGCUGGAGCCUCAUAUGCCCCAAUGGACGCAUCCUAUCCCCUUGGAAGAAUCUCACAAAUCGUGGAAAGAGCCGACAUCAAACUUGUAUUGACAGAAGAUGAAUUGUGUCGCAAGCUUCAAGGUCUCGAAACAACUUUGAUCGCCACAAACCAACUCAAAGAUCUUGAGAUCCCCGAGAACUGGCUCCAGGAAGAGAAUACCGACCCUUCAAAGCCAGUAUACUGCAUGUUCACAUCUGGUAGCACUGGCGCCCCCAAGGGGGUUUUCCAUGGCCAUGGACCAGUGACACUCAGUCUCCUCGAAUGCAUCGAAGAACUUUCAAUUGAUUCCUCGACGAGAUUCAUGCAAUCAGCCAGCUUGGCAUUCGAUGCUAGCAUUCUCGAAGUAUUUGCACCCCUCGCUGCUGGCGGAUGUCUCUGCAUGGUGUCACAAGAGGAGCGAAGCGGUGAUCUCGAGUCAGCGAUGGAGAGCUUGAAAGUUUCGCAUGCAUGGCUCACCCCAUCAAUGGUACCUCAAAUCCAACCAGAAAAUGUACCCAGUCUCCGCAGCCUCGGUAUCGGAGGUGAGCCUGCUUCUGCAGAACUUGUAUCCACCUGGGGCGAGCGGGUCGAGCUGUGCAAUCUAUACGGCACAACGGAAGCUGGUGUCUGGGACACGGUGAAGAGGGGAAUAAAAGCUGGCGAGAAUCCUAGGAACAUUGGCCGUGGUAUUGGGAAUGUUGCAUGUUGGAUCACUGAUCCAAGCAAUGUGCAUAGAUUGAUGCCAUUUGGUGCAGAAGGAGAACUGCUUGUACAGAGCCCGUAUCUGGCUCAGGGAUAUCUCAAAGAUCCGGAACAACAAGCUCAGGCAUUGAUGGAUCCUUCCAGUCUGGAAUGGGGCCCUUUCAUGUCGCGCAUCAAAGGGUCUCGGAUAUACCGCACUGGCGAUUUGGCCAAGUACGACGAGAAUGGCGAUGUGAUCUUCUUGGGUCGUCGUACUGGCUAUAUAAAGAUCAGAGGAUUACGCGUGGACCUAGGAGAGGUUGAAGAUGCCAUCAACUUGCGGCUCAAAUCAGGUCGCUCGGCAGUGGUUUUGUCUGAAAGUGACAGUCAGGAUGCUGAAAUUGUUGCCUUCGUCGAAACAACCGAUUAUCCCGGAGAUCAAUUGGCCACGAAGUUGUCUGUCCAGUUGGCGGAAUCAUUACCUCCAUACAUGGUUCCGGCUGUUUUUGUGCCAAUUGAAUCUAUGCCACUCACGAUGUCCAAAAAAAUUGAUCGACAACAGCUUCGUGGCCGAUUAUCGGAGAUGAACCAAACGGGCCUUCAACAGCACCGCCACGGAUGUGCUUCUAUACUUGAUUGCGAUGCAAUUCCUGCCAAAAGAGUACUGGCGAUUGAAAUCAGUGAACUCAUUGCUGAAAUGUUUGAAAGAAAGGACAGUGAUUUUGCAGCGUCCCUAAGAGGAAAGGAUUUCUCACUUACAAGCAUUGGCCUCACAUCGAUGCAACUGGUGUCCUUUGUGAACUUGAUUCGGAAGCGAUAUGAGAAGAAGAUCAAGAUUGAAGAUUUACAGAGGAACAAUCUGACUGUUUGCAACAUCGAAGACUUCCUGCUCGGAAAGAAGCCACUCCAGAGGCAAGCCAGUUGUGCUAGAAACUUGAUAGCUGAUCUUGCAAGUCUGAGGCCGCAGCUUGAGUUCCUUGGAACGCGCCAAAUGACCGUUUUCCUAACAUCGAUCACUGGAUUCCUCGGCAGCCAAGUUUUGAGAUCGAUGCUAGAGACUCCAGAGAUUGUGUGCGUCAUUGGUAUUGUUCGUGCCGAUGAUAUAGAACAAGCCAGAAGAAAGGUCCAAAGUCACGGAGAACUAGGCCGUUGGUGGAAGCCUGAAUACCAAGAUCGCAUUGAACUUUGGACAGGAGAUCUGAGCAAGCCGAAGCUUGGCCUGGAAGAAUCCAAAUGGAGACAAUUGUUUUCGACCGACAGCACCAGGCGUGUUGAUGGGAUCAUUCAUAAUGCAGCGAGAGUGAAUUGGAUAGACAACUACGAAGACCUCAAGCUCGUGAAUGUUGACAGCACUGCUGACAUCCUCUCUGGAAUCUCUCAAACGGACUCUCCAUGCCGUUUGGUUUAUGUUUCUGGAGGAUAUAUGCCAAUGAAACCAGAAAGUGACUUGGACGUGGCGAAAAAACUCUCCAAUGCAUCUGGAUACGAUCAAACGAAGUUCAUGUCCCAGUUACUGUUGACUGAGUACAAUGAUUACUUGGAUCGAUCAAAAUCGGCCGCUGAAAGAGCUUGCACAGUGAUACCCGGAUUUAUCGUCGGGACCCAAAAAGAGGGCAUUGCACAUCCAGAAGAUUUCCUUUGGCGGCUGGCGUUCAGCAUAGUUCGACUGAAAGCCGUCAGCCAGGAUCUGCAGUACUUGACUGUUGCGGGUGUCGAUCAGGUUUCCAAUCUGAUCACAGACACCUUACUGCAACCAAAAGGAUAUGCAUCGAAAGUGAUCAGUUGCGUGGAUGGUGUGACAGUGUCAACAUUCUGUGAGGUUUUAAGUAACCGGAUGGGUGUCACUAUCAGACGAAUGGAUCACCAAGAGUGGAUGGAAUUGCUGAAACAUGAUGUGGAAGAAGCCGAUUUUGAUCAUCCUUUGAUGCCAAUCUUGAGUUGGCUUGAGGAGAAUUCAUGGCAAUUUGAGUGUGACACUAUCCCUGAGAGUCAAUAUUUCAACCAGGAGGAAACAGUUGCUGCGUUGGAUAGCAGUGUGAGGUAUAUGAGGGACAUUGGAUACUUGCCAGAUGGAUCUGGUCAGAAGUUCGACAGCGCUGCUGUGUUCAGCCGGUCUAGUGUUUGA